AUGAAUUUUAUGAACAGUUUAGCUGGUAAUACAUUGCAAUCAGGUGAUGCGGCGAUGCAAUUAAAUAAUGUUGAAGUAUUGUAUACAAAAGUACAGAAAGUUUAUUUAAAACCGCAAUAUAAAGAGGAACGUCAACGAGAGUUGAGAGUUAAUGUUGAAAUUCAUUCAGGAAUAAGUCCCGUUUGUCGUAAGACUCUAUGUGUUCUUUUAUCUGAUGAUGACGACCCGUGUUUUUUAUACUCGUUACUUAUCACUGAGGAUGACUUCAAAGUACUUAAAGCUCAGCAGGGAUUACUGGUGGACUUUGAUAACUUUGCUACUCAGUUAAUUCAUCUGCUGGAACAGUCGCAUGGAUCAAUGAGUGGUGCUUCUAAAUUACCACCAAAGUUUUUGCUACUGUUGUCUGAAGAAGGCAAUGGUGAAUGGAUAUUCAAGCUUGUUGAAACUAAUAAUUUUAAGCAUCUGUGCCAUUUGAGUUUAAAUAUAUCACCAGCCAGUGAUUCUGAUAUUAAGACUCACAUGGCUAUGAAGAUGAAACAACAACACAGUGAUACGCUCCAACAACUCCAUACUGAAAACGCAGAAUUAAGAUCACAAAAUAUAACUUAUAAAGACAAACAAUCAUUUUUGGAAGCUACAAAUAAAGAACAAGCUAAACAAUUACAAAACUUGGAGCGGGAAUUAAAUUUAGCGCAACGAGAUUUGAGUCAACUUAAGAAACAAAAUGCCAAGUUGGAUGUUGACUAUCAUGAAAAAGAUAGGUAUGUUAAUGAAUUAAAGACUCGGGUAGCAGUGAUGGAGCAGGAGUUAAAGGACAAAGCUAUUUUAAUCAGCAAGCAUUUGGAGAUGUUGAAGACAAGCAAAGAGCAAAAGCAGCAACUUGAAGAAAUGUUAGCGCAGAAAGAGAACCAGGUGCAGCGUAAACAAAAUGCACUGAAAAAUGUCAGUGAUGAAGUUAUUAAAGCUAAUGAUAUUAUUAAAAAACUACAAAAUGAUUUAGAGUCGACAAAAACGAAAUUGAAAUUGCGUACAGGCAUUGCGUUGGAGCAAGAAAGACUUUUAGAUGCAAAGCAAAAAGAACUUUGUGAAAUGCAGAGCAAGCUAGAUGAACUGACGAAGGAAUUGAAAGCUACUAAGACUGAACUUGAUUCUUCGAAAGAUCAAUUAAAGAUAAUGCAAUCUCAAUUGGAAGAUAAAGAAAAAAUUAUUAAAAAUAAUGACAAUGUUAUCAGUUGGUUAAAUCGUCGAUUAGCCGAAUCACAAUCGCCACUUCAGAGUGCAACGACUUCGGCAGUACCUAUUAGCAUCCCAUCAACAUUCCAAUUAACUUUACCGCGUCAGAAUAAAUUUUCAACAAGUAAAUUUGAAACACGAACACCUAUCACUGGUACGACAACUACUACUACAGCAAAUCAUAGUGUACCUAUGACUGGUUUACCACUACGUAAUCCUUCGGUGUUAUUAAACCCAAGUGCCAAUCAAACAGGACGACUGACAACUACUGGUGGUCGUUCAACUGGUGUAGGUAUUACCGAUAGUACUGUUGGUAUAACAACAUUCAAUAGACCUGGACAAAUUACAAGUACAAGUACACCAAUGGAUCGUUUAAAUAUUUUAAAUAAAUUACCAGGUAAUCCAAUAACACCUACCACAACAACAGUGACAACCAAUGGCAUUACAUCAACUCCGGAUAAUAAUAAUAUGGCGAUAGGGACUGUUGGUAAAUCAAAAAGUGCUCCUGGCUCAACGACUUUUCAAGGCGGUCUGCGACGAGCCAACAGUUAUAAACCGUUAUUGCCUUCCGCGUAUUUUCCUAAAUCUUUACAUUAA